CCCAAAUCCAACGCUCGUGACGCGCGGUCACGUCAAAACUGCCGGCUACGGAGAGAGACUAACGUUGAACUGUACGCGUCCCUUCUUCCUGGGCCGAUACUCGAAGGAGGAAGCCGUUCCCUUCCUCCUCUCCUCCGCCGGCGAUCUCUGCGAAGCCCCCACUUGCGAUUAGAGACGUUAGGGUUUCUGCCCAAUCCCAAUCGUAAUCCUCGACCACGAGAUUCAGAUAUUCUUUUGCAGCUAAUUUGCUUGGGCCGCGAUGCUCGCAUCGAACAGAACUAUGACGCAGGAAUGUUAAGAUAGCAUACACAUUAUGGGUUGGCUGAGCAAAUUUUUUAAAGGCUCCAGCCAUAGAGUAUCGGAGGGGCAAUAUCAAGACAGAUAUGGGGAUGAUGGAGUUUGGAAUGAACCAUUUAAUUCCUUGGGAACACAGAAUCCCCUAUCAGACUAUGAAAAUGAAGAUAUAGAUCGUGCAAUUGCACUUUCCUUAUCUGAAGAAGAGCAUAAAAAAGUAAAACCGACAGAAAAUGUUUCUAGCUUGGAGGAAGAUGAGCAGCUUGCAAGGGCUUUGCAAGAAAGUCUUAAUGUAUAUUCUCCUCCUCGAGAAAAUGGCCAUUCUUUUCAGCCAAUGCCAUUUCUGUUCUCAUCAGGGUUCAGGAUGUGCGCUGGAUGUAAUAAUGAGAUUGGCCAUGGCCGUUUUCUUAGUUGCAUGGAUGCUUAUUGGCAUCCAGAAUGUUUUUGUUGCCAUUCCUGUAAACAGCCAAUAUCUGAUUAUGAGUUCUCCAUGUCUGGGAAUUAUCCAUACCAUAAAUCUUGCUACAAGGAGCUUUAUCAUCCCAAAUGUGAUGUAUGCAAGCAAUUUAUACCGACAAAUAUGAAUGGCCUUAUUGAGUACAGAGCACAUCCUUUCUGGUUGCAGAAGUAUUGCCCUUCUCAUGAAAUGGAUGGUACACCAAGAUGCUGUAGUUGUGAAAGAAUGGAGCCCAGAGACUCAAAGUAUGUCACUUUAGAUGAUGGGAGGAAGCUCUGCUUAGAGUGCCUUGAUUCCUCAAUAAUGGAUACAAGUGAAUGCCAACCACUAUAUCUUGAUAUACAGGAAUUUUAUGAAGGCCUAAAUAUGAAAAUUGAACAGCAGGUUCCUUUGCUUCUUGUUGAGAGACAAGCUCUAAAUGAGGCCAUGGAAGGAGAGAAACAUGGUCAUCAUCGCCUCCCAGAAACAAGAGGCCUUUGCCUAUCUGAGGAACAGACUGUUAGCACGAUUUUAAGGAGACCGAGGAUUGGGGCUGGAAACAGAGUCAUGGACAUGAUAACAGAGCCAUAUAGAUUGACUCGUAGAUGUGAAGUAACUGCAAUUCUCAUUUUGUAUGGUCUCCCAAGACUACUAACAGGAUCCAUUUUAGCUCAUGAGAUGAUGCACGCAUGGCUCCGGCUCAAAGGCUAUCGGACCCUUAGUCAAGAAGUUGAAGAAGGGAUUUGUCAGGUUCUAGCACAUAUGUGGCUGGAUUCAGAGAUUCUGGGAGGUUCUGGCAGUAAUGUUGCAUCUACCUCUUCCUCCUCUUCCACAUCAUCGAAGAAGGGUUCAAGGUCUCAGUUUGAGAGGAAACUUGGAGAUUUUUUUAAGCACCAGAUUGAAUCUGACACAUCGCCGGCUUACGGAGAUGGUUUCAGAGCUGGUAACCAAGCGGUUCUUCACUACGGCCUCCGUCGCACCCUCGAUCAUAUCAAAUUAACAGGCACAUUUCCUAUGUGAGGAAUACGAGAUUACGUGGAUCACUUAGCCCUUCGAUUGGAUUCGAGGGUCUGAAGCUUUCCAAGAAAGAUUACAGCUUUUUUUUGAGGAACCAAAAUGAAAAGACUAUGCUGGUAAACAAGGGAAGUUAUCAAUCAACUGUAUAAGUUAAAUCCAAAAUGAUUAAUUCUUUUUUAUGAAGUGUUACUAUACUUUACACUAAUAAGCUGGAUUUAAUCCACUUCCACAAA